CUUACAUAGAUAAAUAAUAUGUGAUGAAGGAUAAUGUAAUAUGAAGUUUAUAAACCAAAAUAUCCUAUACUAAAUAAAAUAGUUAAUAAUUAUUAUUAAUAUUAACCAGGAAAUAGCUUUACACCUAAAAGAUCUGUUAUUAACUUCAAAAGAAAGCAAAAUGAAUAAAAAUAGCUACGAUGGAAAAAUAGCUGGAUUAUAUGAUUUAGAAGAAACAUUGGGGAGAGGACACUUUGCUGUAGUGAAAUUAGCCCGUCAUGUAUUUACUGGAGAAAAAGUAGCAGUUAAGGUUAUUGAUAAGAGUAAACUUGACGAUACCUCAAGAGCACAUCUUUUUCAAGAGGUUAGAUGUAUGAAAUUAGUUCAGCAUCCUAAUGUAGUAAGAUUGUAUGAAGUUAUUGACACAAAUACAAAAUUAUAUUUAAUAUUGGAACUUGGUGAUGGAGGUGAUUUAUACGAUUAUAUAAUGCGACAUGAAGAUGGUCUAACAGAAGAGGUUGCACGGAUAUAUUUUCGACAAAUAGUAACAGCCAUUUCUUAUUGUCAUCAUCUUCAUGUAGUGCAUCGUGAUUUAAAACCUGAGAAUGUUGUAUUCUUUGAAAAAUUAAGUAUUGUUAAACUUACGGACUUUGGAUUUAGUAAUCAUUUUUGCCCUGGACAGAAACUUGAAACAUCUUGCGGAUCAUUAGCAUACUCGGCACCUGAAAUUUUAUUAGGAGAUAGUUAUGAUGCUCCUGCUGUUGAUGUUUGGUCAUUAGGAGUUAUUUUAUAUAUGCUUGUAUGUGGUCAUGCUCCAUUUCAAGAAGCAAAUGAUAGUGAGACUUUAACAAUGAUAAUGGAUUGUAAAUAUUCUAUGCCAAAACACAUAUCAGACGAUUGUAAAUCAUUGAUUGCCAAGAUGCUUAUUAAAGAACCUAGGAAAAGAGCUUCACUAGAAGAAAUAGCAAAAGAUAAAUGGUUGUUAUUUAAAUCAACUCAGGACAAUCUUGAGACUAUACCUUUAGUAUCUCGUGAACAAGUAACAGAAGAUAAUCAUAAUCUUAUUAUAUCUAAAAUGGUUAAUGGUAAUAUAGCAACUAAAGAAGAAAUUCUUGAGGCCUUAGAUAAAAAUGAGUAUAAUCAUAUUACAGCAACAUAUUUCUUACUGGCGGAAAGCAAGUUACGAGCACAGCGACAAGAUUUUUUUGUUAGCACUGGUACAAGUGUGUACACAGCUUCAAGGUACCUUAAGAUAGCAAUCAUAGCUCAUAAAGAAAUCAUUAUUGAUAAUUUUUAG